AUGCCCAUUCAACAGCGACAUCUAGUCACUCCUAUUUCUUUAGCAGUUGUAUCAACAUCAUCAUUUGCCAUCCCAACAAUAUCAUUAUUAUGUAAUAGUCAAGACAGAAAUAACCAAAACUAUGUAGAAUUGAAUAACUUUGAAAGUCACGAAAACACUAUGGAAGAGAUAUUUGAUGAAAAUAGUGAAAGUGAAUACGAAUAUGAUAAUGAGAAAGAUAGCGAAAAUUAUAAUGAUGAAUAUAAUGAUGAAUAUAAUAGAGAAGAUGAUGAAGAAUAUAGUGAGAAGUGUGAUGAGGAAUAUAGUGAAAAAUAUGAUGAGGAGGAUAGUGAUAAAGAAUUCAAUAGCGAAUACAACCUCCCAUUACGAACUCAUAAAGAUUAUUUGGAGGAUAUUUCUGCUAUAGAGCAUUCAAAUAGAUCAUCACAUAAACGUGAAGUUCAAGAGAGAGAAGAAACACCAAAUUAUUCCAAAAGCCAUGGUUUUAUUAUUGAGGAUGUUGAAGAGAAGCUGUAUUCAUUAUCUUCUAGCUAUCAAAUGAAUAAAACUGAGAUAUAG